GUACCUAUUCAAUGUGCAAGCUCCGCAUCAAACAAUACAUACAAUGCAUAAGAUAGGAUUGCAAGCCGCCUAUGGUUUAGAUUCGCAAUAGACAAUAAUUUACACGUCUACAGAAAAGCUACAUUGCCUACCCAAGAGAACAAUGAAUAGGGUACCAGGGCUCAUCGCGUUGCUCUCCUGGCAGUGCGCCGCCGCCGCAGCCUCUUCCAUCCAAACCAAAAGGCAGAAUCCAAACACCGUCUAUCUGCCCUGUACGCAAGACGGGUACAAGCACUUCUUGAUCCGGAACUGGCACAGCACAACAUACAACAACAGCACCGAAGUCUUCAGCUUCGAGCUUCAAGUUAAUUUCAGCGGGUACGCAGCGCCGUGCCACGGGACGCGCAAGGGCGACGAUAAUAGCGGAUGGACAUUAUGCGACGGCGAUAAAGAUAAUACCGAAGACCCUCGGUUCGCCGUCUCCUUCGACUUCUCGUCUAACGACUACCUCGGCGUCAACCACACAUAUAUAUGCGACCGCGGCGACACCGAAACAGACCCGCACAACCGCCUCGCAAAUGUGCUCGCGACAGGCGACGGCCGGCUGCAAAUCGGGCUUGUCGACACGCCCGAGGGCCAUUUCACAGGCACCGAGGGGGACAACAUGACCAUCGCAGCGUACCGCGAAGUUGCGCACCGCCUACCGAAAGCCGACUGCGCUGCAGCAUACGAUUUCAACGAGUGGGAGGUACGGGAUUUCAAAUUCGGUGCUCGGGUGCAAGCCGGCAACCCGUGGGUCAUCGGGACGACGGUAGCGAGUAUCGAUUACGACUUAUAUAACGGAGCGAUUCAUUAUCUGAUCAAUUGCCAAGGCGUCAACAACUCGAUUGCCGUGUUUCCGUAUUAUAACCCGGAUCUGAUCAAUCCGAAGACGCGGUUCCCGUGCCCGAUUAACUACCGCGACGACUUGAUUCCACCCGAGGCGUAUCCGAAGACCGGGUUUAAGUUCGAUAGGCGCUCAAAUGAGGUAUCUAUCGAGCAGCAAUGGGAUUGCGAGGACGAUGAUGGAAAUGAGUACCUAAAGUAACUGGAUCAAGUUGAUUUCAGGGGCUGAUUUACUAACGGAGAUUUAACCCUUUACAGGACUACACUUCUAGCAGUUGGCAGUGCGGUU